AUGCCCACUACCAUUCCGACGAGUGGUGAUACUCAAAUCUACAAAUUAACCUUCUAUGUUCCCCCCUCUGACACCCAGGCCUGUUUGUCUGCAAUCUGGUCCACCGGUGCCGGCACCUGGCCGAAUCCACCUGGUACAGAACCCGUUGACGCACCAGCGAAAUAUAUUGAAACCGCCUUCGUCAGUCGGGGUACCGGCAUGUUCCGGCCCACCGCGGCAGCAAAUCCGCAUAUCGGCAAACCGGGAGAUGCGGAGGUGGCCGAGGAGGAGAAAGUCGAGAUGGUUGUCGUGGGCACGCCGACGGUGAAGAGGGCGGUGGAGGCGCUGAGAAAAGCGCAUCCGUAUGAGGUUGUUGCUUUUUUCGUGACCAAAUGCGAAAGCUUUUAA